AUGACAGGAAGAAAAUUACCUCGCAGACAUCAAUCAAGCUUUAAAAAGUCUACUACGCAAGACGCCGCAUCAUGUGACUUUACUGUCGUGGUUGACGGCACUGAAUUUAAAAGCCACCGGGAAAUCCUGAGUUCAGCUUCAAAUUACUUCGACGCCUUGUUUAGAAGCAACAUGAGGGAGACAAAAGAAGGGAGGGUGGAGCUACAGGGUAUGACAAGUGAGACUUUCGCUGUUGUUUUAAAUUUUAUCCACCAGCGUGUCCAUGGUCUGACGGCUGAUAACAUUGAUGACAUCUGGGAGGCAGCCAAUCGUCUGGAUAUAGCAAUAUAUCUUAAAGAAAUAGAACAUUUUGUCAUCGAUAAUUUAUCAAUUGAUAAUCUAUGGCACUUUUAUUUAAAGGCUGUCGAUUUCAAUUCCAACAACGUCAAAGACGGCUCGGUAAUGUUCAUGAAACAAAAUUACGAGCAUGUUUUUAGGAUGAACGAGUUUCUGAAUAUGCCUUUUGAAUUAGUGCUUUCUUGUAUCGAAGGUGAGGAGUUGAAUGUGACGACAGAGGACUCAGUUCUGGAGUCUAUUUUAAUCUGGGUUUCAAACGGAAAAUGCAGAACAUGUGCUUGUUUGUCACCUGACCGUAGCGUUACGGGAGCCACGUGUAAAGAUAUCGAACUACAGAACAGUGAGGGACACUCUUGUGACGUCACAAAUUCUUGUCAGAUUGGUAGUGUCAUAAAAGUUGGUCAGAAUUAUGACUCAGGAACCGUAGCAACGGACAAGCCUGGAAUUAACUUCAGAAAACAAGGCCAGCACGAUGACGUCGAGAAUGAGGAUCACAAUGAUGACGUCACAAAAUGUAGCCGGACAGGCGAACGGGCGAAUUAUCUCUCCAAACUCAUGUCUAGUGCCAAACUUACUUUAGCUACAGUAAUAGUAACGUUGAAUGAUAUAUCAGAUAAUGAUAAACCCAAGCCUUACACCUAA